AUAAAGAUAGAGAGAUGCUGUCUCUUUAAAUAGUCGAGGGUGUUCUCUCUCAGGCCACCAUGACAUAUCUGGGCGUUGGACCGGGGGCUGAAUAAACGGGGCAAGCACGAGAUCCGCGAUCGCAGUAAAGGGAUUGCAACCAGAGAAGGCUAACCCCCUCGCGUUUAGAUUGGGGAGGGGUUUGGAACAGCUCCGUCACUCCUUGGGAUCCAGCAACUGGAGUUUAAGCCGCCUGGCUCUCGCUUUCUAGGGAAUAUCACGACCAAGCAAGUUGACUCUUUGGCCUUGAUCAGUCCUAGACCUUCUGCCAAAAUGCUCCUUUUGUUACUGGGGAUCAUUGUACUGCACGUGUCAGUUCUUGUCCUUCUCUUUGUAUCUACAAUCAUCAGUCAAUGGCUCAGUAGCCCUAUGCGCUCGGCUGACCUUUGGCAGAACUGCACAUCAGGAUCACCCCCAGAAACAUUUCAUUGUACACCGUCAUCCCCAAAUGAUUGGCUUCAGUCUGUCCAAGCUUUGAUGAUCCUGUCUGUCAUCUUCAGUGUUAUAUCUCUGUUCCUAUUCUUCUGCCAGCUCUUCACUCUCACUAAAGGUGGACGGUUCUACCUUACUGGCAUUUUCCAGAUCCUUGCUGGCCUCUGUGUGAUGAGCGGUGCUUCCAUCUACACAGUGAGACACACAGAGUGGUAUCACCCUUCAGAGAACCUCUCCUUUGGCUUCACGUACAUCUUGGCCUGGGUGGCUCUCCCGCUGGCCCUCAUCAGUGGUGUGAUUUAUGUCAUCUUGAGGAAGCGUGAAUGAAAAGUCAAUUGAGGCUGCUGGGAAUGGAGCACUUGGAACAAGGAGGCGUCCAAGAAUUAGAAAAUGAAAAAUGGAAUUUAACCAAAAAAAGUAAACCCAACAAGGAAAACCAAACCAAACUGAAAGAAGGGUUACUAUGUUCAUUGAAGAUGUAUAUAGUAUCUAUGGUUUUUAAAAAAACCUAUUUAUAACACUUUUUACAUAUAUGUACAUAGUAUUGUUUGCUUUCGUUUGUUUGACCUGCCGCCAUGUUUAAGCCUAAAGAAAGUGCCUAAGGACUUUGACGCCUAACAGUAUAUGUAGAGUGUUGUAUUUUGCACCCUUCUGCUGUGGAAGCGAAUGGAUCCCUCCUCCAAAGCUUUCCACUCUCAACCCCAAGCCCGAGCACAAAUCAAGAACCAGGCUAGUCCUUCAGAUGGGCAAGAGAAACUGUUACUGCACUGAUGGUGGCUGAUAUGGGUGACUUCAUUAAUAUGGGUGACUUCAUUAGCCCAUAUUAACCAACUGAUGGAGACCGAUAUUCAGUGGAAAGGGAAAGGAUGUCUACCAGAAUGUUGAUGCUGCCUCAAACAAGGGUGAGGGAGCAACACUUCUGAGGUUUCUUGGAAUGAUAGUCAAUAUGUAGUGUAGUAUGUGGACCAUAGUCCCACUGUGGCAUCCUGAAGUAAUGUUGUUACUUCUGCCAUGUAUAGUCUCCAUAUUUGACACCCUGAAAUCCUUGGAAGAAGAGCAGGAUAUAAAGGUCAUCAGUACAUAGUCCCAGAGAGGAGUACUAUCAGCUAUUGCUUGUUGCAUGCAUUAAGUCCCGUUGAAGUAAGCAUGAUUCAGAUUACCCAAGACUAGCACUGAGGCUGAGUUAGAAGAAAGUGAGUGGGACAAGAAGAAGAAAAAAAAUAGGUGACGUCAGUUUACAGCUCGCCUAUGUAGCUGUCUUCAGCUAUGCCUGCUGGGGGCUGGUAGACAAUGACUUUUUUUUUUUAAAAAAAAGCAUUUUCUUUUCCUUUAUUUGAGAAUAAGCUAAAGUAGAAAAGAUGAAUGAAAUGUGGCAAGCUCUGAACCCCCCCUCCCACUCCUCUCUAUGAAAUUGAAUACCAAAUCUGUGAAAUGGUGCUAUCUAUUUACCAUUCCUUAUAUUGCUAAGCUAUUUAACCUUUACUCACUGGAAAUUCAGAUAACGAUUUUAUGAAUAAACCAAGGAGUAGGAAUGAUAAAUAAUUCUGUGUAAUAUAUACAGCCUAUAACUGCUUUUGUACUUAGGAAAGUGGCUAUUAUUAUUAGUAUUAUUUUUUUAAUAAAGCAUUUAUAACCAAAGUGUUUCCCCUUCCUUCACAGUCAGGAGGGAAGUAAGCCAAUCUCAUAGACCCCGUAGGAUCCCCCCCCCAGCUCCUCUGUAAUCCUUUUCUAUGCUUCCAAAAGUGUGUCUGGCAAUGAACUCCGUUGGCAGUCGCAUGUAGGAUGUGUAGGCGGUGCCUUUUGAUGCUAAGACUCCAGACAUUAUUAUGUAAUUAUUUUGCUUUGCUUUUCUGAUUUUAUACCAACUGUGUGGACUAAGAAGCAACAAAAUAAAAGCCAGAAUAACUCAAA